AUGGAUGAGGGAAACGACGCCAGGUCCAAGGAGGUUGUCAGACUCUGGCGAGCAUGGAGAACGGCACACGAAAUGAUCGCGGAUCGGGAGUACGAGCUGGCAGAGGAUGAAAUCAAGAUCUCACUGGACCGUUUCCGUUCCGACUACUGCAACCCAGAUGGUUCCGUAAAUCGCGGCAAGCUCCAGUUCUCUGCUCGCCCGAGCGACGCCAUGCUUAGAAAAAACACACCCCCCAAGACCGACUCCGACCCCGAUCCCACCCCCGACUGCGGCCCCGUCUGGGUCGAGUUCCUCAGCGACACGUCCUUCGGCGUCGGCCAGAUCCGCAACUUCGCCAAGUACAUCAUCACCAACCAGUACAAGACGGGAAUCAUGAUCACCCACGGCGCCCUGUCCCCCGCGGCACGCAAGUCCCUCGCCUCCGUCGAGAACCUGGCCAAGAUCGAGUGCUUCCUCGAGGAGGACCUGCUGGUCAACAUCACCCACCACGAGCUCGUGCCCCGCCACGUCCUGCUGUCGCGCGAGGAGAAGACGGCCCUCCUCAAGCGCUACCGCCUCAAGGAGACGCAGCUGCCCCGCAUCCUGCAGAAGGACCCCGUGGCCCGCUACCUGGGCCUGAAGCGCGGCCAGGUCGUCAAGAUCAUCCGGACCAGUGAGACGGCCGGCCGAUAUGCCAGUUACAGACUCUGUGUCUAG